UUUUUCAGGCAAAAACAUUGCAGUGUCAAAGUUUCAACUCGAUCGCACGUGUUUCAAAUGUAAACACAAGACUGAACAUUGAAAAGCGCAAACGGCUCCUCGGGGAAAUGUCCAGAAUAAUAAUCAAAAAUAUCCCUAAUGGGUUCACUGAAUCAAAACUCCGUGAUCACUUCAGCCUGUGUGGAAUUGUGACCGACGUUCAGUUGAAGUACACUCCGGAUGGCAAAUUUCGCAAUUUCGGAUUCAUUGGAUACGAGUCGGAAGCACAGGCUGCUAAAGCAAUACAGCAUUUUAACAAUACAUUUUUGAGAACGUCAAAGAUUAAUGUGGCAACAUGCGCAUCGUUGAGCGAGGUGAAGGAGCUAAAAACAUGGAGCAAGUACAGUAAAAAGAAGGAAGACGAAACUGCUCAACAGAAGUCUGAGGGAAAAACUACUUCAAAACAGAAGAAACAAGCUGAAACAGCUUCUGAUAUUUUGGAGAAGCACAAAGAUGAUCCAAAGUUCCGGGAAUUCGUGCGAGUGCAAAGUAAAGCCGGAAUAUCGGUUUGGAAUAACCAGUUGCAUGAUGAGGGUGAACUGUCUGUUGAGAGUGAGGAGGAACAUAAGAAAAUCCAGGAAACUGAAGUGCCAGAGCAUCAGGAUGAUGGGAAGACGAAACGCCGUGAGAUGAUUGAUUUAUUUGUUGCGAAAAUUCACAAUAUACCCUCGAAAACGAAACGUCAGGAUCUGUUUCGUUUUUUUAAGCCUGGGAAACCUUACUCGGUUCGCAUACCACCUAAGCAGAAAGGAUUCGCGUAUGUAGGAUACAAAACUGAGGCUGAAUUGAAGAAAGCUCUACUGAAAGACAAAAGUUUCCUUGGUGGGAAACAAGUUAAAGUGGUGGAUUUUACGGCUAAGGAUAGUUUACGGGACAAGAAUGAUGCUUCUCGGGGGAAGGAAAAUCCCAAGUGGAUCCGACAGAGGGAGUCAGUUUGCAGUGAAAGUAUACUCGAGAGUGGUAAAUUAUUUUUCCGUAAUCUUGCUUAUUCGGUGACGGAACAGGAAUUGAAAUCAACGUUCGAAAAAUUCGGACCAGUGACUGAGAUAGACUUACCCAUCGAUUCCAACACAAGGAAACUAAAGGGGUUCGGAACAGUAACAUUCAUGUUGCCAGAAAAUGCAGUCCUAGCAUUCAACAAGUUAAAUGGUAGCUUCUUCCAUGGACGCAUGUUCCACAUCUUGCCUGCCAAAGUUGAUGAGAAGGAGCAGGCAGAAACCAAUGAAGACGAUUCGGGACUGAGUUUUAAGGAAAAGAAGGAUAAAAAAUUGAAGAAAACUGCCCAAUCUUCACACAAUUGGAAUACACUAUUCAUGGGCGAGAAUGCAAUUGCGGAAGUGGUGGCCAGAAAAUAUGGAAAAUCAAAGGAAGAAGUUCUUAGCACAGAAGGGGGCACCACAAGUGCGGCAGUCAGAUUGGCAUUGGGCGAAACUGAAAUUGUGAUGGAAAUGCAAAAGUUUCUGGAAGAGAAUGGAAUUUAUCUGGGAGCAUUUAACGAGGUAGCGAAAAAUCGUUCGAGUACGAUUAUAUUAGUGAAGAAUUUACCGGCUGGUACGGAAAUAUCUGAGUUGACCGAACGUUUCGGCAAGUUUGGACUGUUGGGAAGAGUUAUCUUACCCCCAUCUGGAGUAACAGCUGUAAUAGAAUUUCUGAAUUCCAGUGAAGCGAAGAAAGCUUUCAAAAAGCUUGCUUAUACUCGCUUCAAAUCGUCCCCGUUGUACCUGGAGUGGGCACCUGAGAACACAUUCGCCAAUGGAAAGGAAUCGACCGAUAAGAGCACUGACCGACAACCGGAAGAACAGAACGAAACUGAGGAUGAGCCCGUACAAUCCGAUAAAAAAAAGAAUGUCAUACCAUCAGCGGUCGAGCAAGCCUGCGUUGAACCCGAGGAUGGAACGACGUUAUUCAUAAAAAAUCUCAGUUUUCAAACGAACGAAGACACAAUUAGAGAGAAGUUUCAAAAUAUUGGCCCUAUACAUAUGGUUCAAGUUGUGCGUAAGAAGGCUAGCGAACAAAGCGAAAGCAGAGGAUAUGGUUUCAUUCAAUUCAAAUUUCGAAAAUUUGCUGAUGUGGCUUUGAGAAAUUUCCAAACAAUGAAUAUCGACGGACGAAAGGUAGAGUUAUCAAGGAGUGACAGGACAUCAAGCACUCAAGUUGUGAAUAGUGACAGAAAAUCCGCGAAGUCGAAGAAACAAACCGGUACCAAGAUCUUAGUGAGGAACGUCCCCUUCCAGGCGAACGCAAAGGAAAUUCGAGAUUUGUUCAAAGUGUUUGGUGAACUGAAAACGGUUCGAUUGCCACGUAAAAUGGUGGCAGGUGGUGCAGAAGAUAGCCAUCGUGGUUUUUGUUUCGUAGAUUUUGUCACUGAAGCUGAAGCGAAACAAGCGUUCGAGGCACUUUGUAAAAGCACUCACUUGUAUGGUCGUCGGUUGGUGCUUGAAUGGGCAGAAGCUGAGGAUGGCAUUGAGGAAUUGAGGAAACGAACGGCGGAUAAAUUCAGCGGCACGAGUGGAUCAAGUGGUGCUAAACAAAGUCGAAAAAGCGUUUUUGACUCGUCCCAAAUAACGCAUACAGGUGCAAGUGGGAAUGGUGAUGCAGAUGGAAUCGACGACGACGAUGGCGACGAUGAAGAUGUAUUUUAAGAGCGAGUAAUAAAAGUUUCAUCAAGCGAUAAGUACAUAUCGCGCCUGAUCACGCACGUCAAGCGAUGUAAAGCGAUGUUCGUAAUCAGGUCAAUCGUGUCUUUAAAUUUGUGAACAUAGGAGUCAAUGGUUGUUCGGUUUCUAUAGAAAUUCUGUCACUCAAUCUGCACAGAGGCAGACAUCCUAAACGUUGAAUAACUUCUUGUGCAAUUUGUCCGAAAAGCGAACGAACUUCAACCUACAUAUGGACAGCAGGGUUACCAUUUCUACAGAUUUUUUAGAUUUUUUGAGCCCAAGAAUUUGUAGAUACAGAUUACAGAUUCUUUGGGUUUCAUACAGAAUAUACAGUUUUUUCAAAACAAUGCUCCAAUAAUAGUAACGUCUUGAUAUUAGUAAUAUUUUCCCAUCUCACCCAUUGUAUUAGUAUACUUUUGUUUUAGAGAGGCUUGAAACUAUUCGUAUAGCCUUUGAAUCUGAUUCUCAUUUAAAUCACCUGUUUACGACAUAGGGUAGGCAAUAUGACCAGGCCGGGCGAAAUGGGCCACCCUUCGUUUGAGCUUGUUAUUGAACCAAUAGCACUAAUUUUUAAACAAUUGUGUUAGAAAUAUUCUUAAAAGUAUCUCCGUGAAAACCGUAUUCGAAUUCAAUUGUUUUAUAAAGUUAUUGGAACGAAUCUCACACUGACUGAUUAUGACGAAAACCACAUAUGAAUAGCAGUCAACAAAAUAAGAUCUGUACGCUUCAUAGUGGAAUUUUUGACUCUGCUCUUUAUAUCAAUUCGUACUGGUAUUAUUUCCGAACAUUUCCACUGAUUUACAGCUUUGCCGUUUCAUGUAAAAGAUCAGUUCAUUUUUAUUGAGCGUAAAUGUACGGGGCGGAAUGGCCAUACCUGCUUGAGGCAGUAUGACAAUGUAUUUUUUCAACAUAACCUGUAAAUACAGCUGUCAACAUUUGUAAACAUAGUUGAAAAUAGCUAGAUGUGGAAUCAUGGUGCGGAAUUAUACCAGAACAUCCGACCGUGAAAAGUGGUCACAGAACAGCUUGAACGCGGCAAUUGAAGCGGUGAAGAGUGUUACGUCAGUGUGACAUGCAUUCUUCGUGCAUUGUAUCCCGCGGAAAACACGUUAUUUACAUUGUGCAGAUCCUUUGUGCACCCGUGGCCGAGUGGUUAGCGUCUCACAUUAUCAUGCCGGGUGUUCGGGUUCGAUUCCCGUUCUGGCCGGGGGAUUUUUUCGUCAAAGAAAUUUCCUUCAACUUGCACUGUGAUCACGCGUAUUCUAGAGCUUGCCCCUCGGAAUACAUUCAAGGCGUGUUAUUUGGCUUAGAAAAUCUCAACUAAGUAUCAAUAAAUGACGUUAGUUAAUGCAUACGUUGAGACGGCAAAAGUUCCACAGGGAACGUUAACGCCAUUCAAGAAGAAGAAGAUCCUUUGCAGCACCAGCUGCUCGGAUCAAUUGGUAAUGUUUUUACGACGGAGCCAUAUUCUCGCUAUGGAGAAGGAUUCUACGGUGUUACGACAAGAGAAAUCCGGAGGCUGGCGUAUGAUUUGGCCGAAAGAAAUGAUAUUCCUGACACUUCCAAUAGCCAAAAGCAAUUAGCCGGAAUAGAUUGGUUUGCUGGUUUUCGAAAGCACCACCCACAACUCUAUUUUUGGACAUCAGAAGCAACCUCCGCCGCCAAGGCACAAGAAUUCAAUCGCAUUGCAGUCGGGAAAUUAUACGAUUUACUGGAGGACGUACAACAGAAAUACAACAUUCCACCAUUAAGGAAAUUCAACGUCGAUGAGAAUUCCGUGAUUCCAAUAACUAUCUUUUAUCAAUAGGAGAAGCAAGUAAACUUAAAAAUUAUAUUCAUUCAACAGGUACAGACCAGAAAUUCCAAAAUUCUAACAAUGCGGGGAAAAGGCGCUAUAACUUCAGAUGAGCGCUGAGUGCUGAACACGGAUUAGCGAUUAUAGAAUCUUCCACAGGACUCCCUUGGUUGCUACUGUCGGCACAAUUCAGUUCCUCUACGGGCGGCGAUGGAUGGAUCCAACGCUAUCGAUGGCAAUAUUGGGUACAUAACGGCACAGGUAUUCUCUGUUCCUGCUUUGAGUAACGAAAAAUUGCAGCCCAAUCACUUUGAUCACAUUGUUAUAUACUGUACGUGUUAACGGAUUGAAACCCAAUGAAAUAUAAGUGAUAGUUGCAAAAUAGAAUAAACUUUC